UAUUGAUUUCUUUUAUUGUUUUAAUCAUACGCAGAUCUGCGCAGCGCCAUUGGUCAGGCCAACAAAUCUUUUAGUGAUGAAAAAAGUGAUGAGAUCUCUCAUCAACAGGUGUCGCUGUUGCGCGCUCCGCGUCUCCUCGUCUCCUCCUCUUCCUCCUGCAGGGCCUUUCAAAAUCUCAGUGACCAACCCAUUAGAACUUCAUGCACACUGUGACCAGGGCGCUCAUCGGUUAGAUUUCAGAUCCACAGAUUAGGUCCAAACAAACCUGCAGGUCCGGUUCAACGCGAGCCCUGGAUCAAACUAAUGGACUGAGAGCCGAAUAACGGAGAGUGAGCGCGCGUGCAUCAUUGAUACUGCCGGGAAAGGCUGAUGGAUGGAGCGAGGGAUCAGUAUGAGGAACAAUUAAAAGAGGUGUUUGAGAGUUUUGAUGGCAGCGGUUCGGGGUCUCUGUGUUCUGAAGAACUGACCGAUCUCUGUCGGGCCCUUCAGUUAGAGGAUAAUGCACUGAAUGCACUCUUACAUGCACUGCUGCAGGACCAGCUCAGCGCUCGGGUUGAUUUUGAGCAAUUUAGGGAUGCGCUGAUCCUUGUAUUGUCAAAUACAAACACAGAUGAGCCACAGAAAUGUCCUGAACAACCAGAUUCCCCAGAAGUCCAGCCACGGUUUGUGCAAGGUGGCAAGCGCUACGGUCGUCGUUCUGCUCCAGAGUUUAUACACGCGCACACUGAUCUGCAUACGCAGGCCGAAGAUGAAAAUGUGAAGGAUGAAGACGGAGAAGAAGGUGAUGACAGGACUGUACCUAGGAAACGUGAGCGCUGGAAUGCUGACCUGAGCAUUUCUGAAGAGUUUGAAGCAGAAGGUCAGAUGCACCUCUGGAACCCAGAUGAACCCAGCACACCCUGUAGCAAUGCAUUCCAGCUCAGUGAACUAGAGGAGCGUUUACAGAAUGCUUGUCAUGAGCUUUCUCUACCUACAAACGGGACAGCCACACUUCAACAACUUCAUGCGCUCUGCCAGCACAUAGGCAUUGAGUUGGGUGAGGAUCUUGCGCAGUGUGCUGAUGGAAGUACAAUGGAUGUACAGGAGUUUGUGUCAUACAUUAUAAACCACAACAAACCACCCACACCUUCAGCAUCCACGCCAUACAGAAAUUUAAAGAGACACCACUCCACUCAGUUUGAUGAGUCAGGCCGCAGAAUCUCAUGUGCUUUGAGCAGUACAAUCGGUCUGCAGCUGUUUUCGGUUUUGGAUGAUGGAUCGGGGCACGUACCUGCGGAAACUUUGCUGUACAGGUGGAUGGAAGAGGGAGUGGACAAUAGCUCAGAGAUCCUGCAGGCUUUGGAUUUUAAUUUGGAGGAUAAAGUGAAUCUGUCUGAGCUGACUGUUGCUCUUGAAAAUGAGCUGCUGAGCACCAAGAAUUCAAUCCACCAGGCGGCGCUAGUGAGCUUUAAGGCAGAAAUCAGAUAUCUGCUUGAGUGUGUUGAACUGGAAAGGCGCGAAAAGCAGAGGAUUCGAUUUGAUCUGGAGACCGCAGAAAAGCUCAAAUCUCAGCUGGCUUCCGAAGUCGAUGACCAUCAUGCUGCUAUUGAACGCAAUAAUGAGCACAAUCUACGGAAGUUGGAGCAAGAAUAUAAAGAAAGUAUGACCACUCUGAGGACUGAGCUAGGUAAAGAGGUGGAGCUUGUGCAGCAGCAAGCCAAUCAGCAACGAGAAGAGCUGGAACAAGAAAUUGGAAAGAUGAAAGAAGAUGAGAACUUCCUACGAGAGAAGCUAACUCUUACCAUUAAAGAGAAUUGCCGUAUGGAGGCAGAGCUGAUCGAUAGCACAGAGAAACUGGUGGAGGCUGAAAACCAGAUAAACAAACUGCAAAAAAACCUGGAUGGUGUUUUGAAAGAGAGGUUUGGUGAUUUGGAUCUAGACAGCGCUGAGUUCUUCCAGCAGGAAAACCGUCUGAGGCAAUUACGCAGAAGCUAUGAGGAACAGUGCAGGGAGUUGCAGGAUCGUAUAGAUGAGUUGGAGGCACAGCUGAAGGAAUUUCAGAAUUUAGGUCAUACCCCCUCAACAUGUCGAGGACAAAGUCUGUCUGAAGAACUGGCCAACACGAGCCCAGACCCAGUUUCUCUACAGCAGCAGCCAUUAAACAUGAGUCUUGAGACGGAGAUGCUAUUAGAGCAGAACCAAAGAGAGAUCGAAAGCGCCAGGGCCAUGGUAUACGAAGAACAGUGCCGAGCAGAAGAAGAAAGGAGUAAUCUCUCCCUGCAGCACCAACAGGAAAUGCAGGUUUUAAGGGAGAAGAUGGCAAGCGAGCUAGAAAGAGUGCACACGCUUGAGAAGGAACUGUCUGCUGUCCAUGCGCUCCAUCGGCAGGAGAUCAGCUCACUCACCCAGGCAACUCAGGAUGCCAGGAGCCGUGCAGUGCAGCUAGAGGAACAAUUGGAGGUUCUGGAGAAGAAACAGACUGCUUAUGAAGAGCAAAGCAGAAGACAUGCUGACGAGAUUAGCCUGAUGGAAUUAAAGCACCAGCAGAUGCAAGAGACCUGUCUGCAGGAGCAAAGAGAGAGACUGCAAGAAGAAAGGGAAAUGCAGGAGAAGAGGCUCACAGAGCAGUGGAAACUAGAGCAGGAGUGUUUGCAGAAGAGACAUGAGGAGGAGUUAUUGGCUAAGCUUGAGGAGGUUCAGCAGAGAAAACAACAAGAGUGCACUGAGCUGGAAAAGAGGCUCAAUGAGGAAUGGGAACGGGAGAGGCAAGCAUUAGAAAAGAGUAGUAGGGAGGCAUUGCAGGCCAUGCUGGAGGAGAGGGAGAGCAGGCUAAGGGAGGAGUGGAAACGGGAGAAGCAGGAGUUAGAAGAGGUCAGUAAGGAGGCACUGCAGGCUGUGUUGGAGGAGAGGAUGGAGAGUGAGAGGAGGCUUGGGCAAGAGUGGGAUAAGGAGAAUGAGCGUUUAGAGAAGGAACAUCAUGAUGUGCUCCUACAGCGUUUGGAGGAAGAAAGAGAACGUUUUCAUGCACAGCAGGAGGAGACUGAGAACAUAAUGAUGGAGCACUGGGAGAGAGAAAGGGCUCAACUGGAGAAACAGCAUGAGGAGGCACUACAUGUCUGCUUGGAACAGGAGAGAAAAAGAUUGCAAGCAGAAAGAGAGGAGCAGGAGAGAAUGUGGCAGAAUGUGCUGAAAGAGGAGCAAUGUCGGAUGGAGGAGGCGCACAGGCAGGCGAUGCUAGAGCUUAGUGCCAAACACAGUGAGGAGAGAGAGAGACUCGGCGGCCUUCUGGAGAGUCUACGCACAGACAUUGCACAGGAGAGGAGAGAUUUGGAGAGACAAUUCUCUCAGCGAAUGAAAGAGGUGGAGGCCCGUUUCUGUGCUGACCAGGAGGCAGUGUCUGAACGUUUUCAACUUGAUGUAUGUAAUCUGGAGCAACACUAUCAAAGUGAGAUUACAGCACUUAAGCAGCAGCAUGCUGCAGACCUUGUCCACUGGGCAGAGGAGUCAGAAGCUGCCGCCCAGGAGGCGGAUCAACAAUGGAAUUUGUUAAAAGAGAUGCUGGACAUCAAGCAGGAGAAGCUCAAAAUGGAGCAUCAGCAACUUGAAUUCAUGCACGCCCAAGAAAUUAAAGCUCUAACACAUAAAAACGUGCAACUUAAGGCUGAGCUGGAGACUUGUAUUAGUGCUGCUCAAUCCAAAGAAAUCGAGCUUAGCAGCCAACUCAACACGCUGCACGACCACCUGGAGGAGAGCAUGGAGGCCAAAGAUCUAUUGAUGGCACAAGCUGAGCAUAAAGCUGCUGAGCUGGAGGCAAUGCUGGAGCAGGCUGUGGAAGACUUCCUCCAUGAAAGGAUGGAGCUACAGAAGAGUCUGUCUGCUUCAGAGAGCAGGCGAGGUGAAGGACUUGCACUCUCUGAGCGUAUGGAGCUAAAAAGCAGAAUCCAGGAGGGCGAGGAGCUCCUCCUUCAGGCAGCGGAAGACUUUAGAAAUGAACGUCUCGAGUUGAAAGAGAAACUAAAAGAGAGCUUUUCCUUGCUGAUGGCAAAGGAGGAGGAGAGAAUGGCCCUGCUUGAUGAAAAAGACAUGUUGGCAUUAAAAGUGGUGCAAUUGGAGGAAAUGUUAGCGUUAUUGACAGGAACCUCUGAAGACGUCUGUACUAAUCUCUCAGAACCUUGCACAGUGAUGCCUGUAGAAGUCUCUGCAGACACCAAAGAAGAAACCAUUAAAGAAUCCAUUUUAGUACUCUCUGAUGAACAUACCCAAGAAACCAACAAAGAAUCCACUGAUAAAGUAGAGAUCCAAGAAGAACCAAGAAAACACUCAUUCACUAGUAAGAACUUGGAUAGCAGUGAUGAGAUUACAAAAAACACCCUAGAAAUGCACUUUGAUGUUAGAUUCUGUUGUGCUGCAGGGGAUUUUGUGGCCAUUGACAGUGAUGAAGCAACAGGUAAAAUGUAUGAAGUGGCUAACCCAGAAUUUGACAAACAGCAACACAUUUGCCCAGAGAUUAGAGUUACAGAAGUUACUAUUUCAGACUCUUGUGCAGAUGAUAAACCUUUGAUAAGAUAUGAGACAGAUGAUGUAGAAUCAACCAGGAAAGAUGACAAAAGUUCUGACUGUGUCAGUCUUUCAGAAAAAAAGGAAGAAAAUGAACCGGAUGAAUGUUUGAUGAAUGUAUUAAAUAAAGAGUCUGAUAAUGUAGAAAGUAACAGCGUUAAAGCUCGAGAUGAAAUUGAUUGUAAGAAUCUUACAAAGCUAGAGAACAUCAAAGACAAGACUACAGUAGAGUUUGAGAGGGAACAAUUCUGUAAUAUGCAAGUUUCUGAAUGUGACCACACUUUGAAAAUGACUAAGGAUAUUUUAUUGGAUGGCACAGGAAUCUGUGGUGUUGCCUUUGAAUUUACAGAAGGCAUUGACAGUGCAUCAGCUGGUAAGCAUGAAGAGUCAAUAGUUAACAUCUCAGCAGAGGCUGAUGCUUCCUACAACCAAAAGAGCGUACAGCACCAAGAAUCUCCAGGUUCACACAGCAGCAAACUUACAGCUGAACCUGAUGUACCGGAUAAACCACAUGAUGAUGCCAGCAUUGCAAGACUUGAGAAUCAGAUCAAGGAUUUGGUGGGAGAGGUUUGUGCACUAACAUUAGUGGACAUGGAGGUGGACAAGGUUGCUGACAUGAGAAGCAUGCGCAUGCAGGAAAUCCUGGAUCUUCAGGGAAUGGCGAUGCAGUACAGUAGGGCUGCAGACAGCAUCAGUUUCCGACUGCAGGACCUUCAGAGAGGACAGAAUAUCACACGGUCAUAUGUGCUACCAAACCCCUGUGAGCUAAAAGCAUCAUUGGACACAGUUGUUGAACUUAUUGAUUUAAAGAAUUCCUUUGAGCAGAGCAUCUGUGAAAACCUGCAGCUAGCAGAGUCCAACAGAGAACUGGAUAGGAGAGUCAAGAGUCUGGAGGGCAAGAUGCACAUAAUCCAGGACCUCCACAAGCAGCAGGCAUCUAUCCUGAAGGAGUCUGCUCUAGUGGGAGCCGAGAAUUGUAAACCGAAGACACUGCUGCAGGAACUCAAACAAGACAAGAUGCUCAAAGAGUGGGAUUUUGACAUUUCAGAUUCUUCAAACGAACUCAACACCCAACUGAAGGAGAAGAUUGCUGCAAUGCCAGAACAGGAGUUAAUUAGUAUAGAAAUUGAGGAGCAGAACUCUGGAUUACGUCAAGAACUUGCUGAUCUGCAGGGCAAAUCUGUUAGGAAUCAGAAACAAAUGCAAGAACGGAGGUACUGUGAUGGUUCAGUGUCGUACCCCCCCUCAUCCCAGUUUCUUCCUGCUGGUCACAGUAAAUGCUAAGUGCUUGAUACAGACCCCGCCCACAUGUGAAGAUAGAGCCACACCUUCCCUCAUAAUGCCCCAAACUCUACUCCAGUUGUGUCUGUUGUGUCAAGGUUGUGUACCUGUUUUAAACCAACCCUUGCUUCCACAAUUCAUAUUCAUGCUUGCCAGUGCAAAUAUACAUGGAGCUUCUUGUAGUCUUAAUAGACUAAUAGAUUGUUCAAACAAGCCCAAUAUGAUGGUGUAUAAUAUUCAAUUUUUACUACCUUUAUUUUUAUACAUUGUACUUGGACAAUGCUUGAACUCUUGUGUCAACAGUAAUGCAUUGUUUUGUUUCUUAAAAGUUGCUUGUCAAAUUUGGACUUGGCGUGAAUAGGUCUUGUUGGGAGUGAUGGUCAUUAACCCCUAAUCAUAUAUUUAAAAACCUUUAGGUCAUUUUCUUAUGAAGUUUA